UUAACCUGCCCCAGUGUCUUGGCGCGAUAACGAUUUCUGCGCGCCAUGUGAUGUUGCAACAGCAUACACAAAGCGCAGCAGCUGCAAGUGAGGUGAGUGGUGACUAGUGAUCCUCCUGAGAGUGUCUGGCAGCGUUUAGACCUUGCUCAUGUGGAAGGCAGGAUAAGUUGUGGUGCAGCUGUCUGUGUCCCGCCCCUGAACUAAGGCAGAACACUCGUGCUGGCUCUGCUUAACAUUCAGUGUCUGGCCCCAGACUGAGCCAGCCGAUCAUAGAGUGAGCUGCUGUGAGGUAAAAGCCCUGUCCUCCUCUGCCUGCUCAAGUGCCCAUCGCCUGAGUCACUGGCUGGCUCCACGUGGUGUGUGCUGGCUCCCUCUGUAAGAAACAAACAGGAAAGCCAGGUACAAAAAUGAAUAAUCAUUCAAAGGCAGUGUGUGACAUCAUACAUGCUUUGCUGUCAAAACCUGAUCAGGUUAAUGAGCUGGGGCAAAUGCUGGAUUCUGGAAGGCAGUCUGAAACAGGAAACCAGAGACCAGAAAUGCCUGUCCCUAGGGCAGAUUUAUUUCCCACUAGUUCAACUAGGUCACAUGGAGUAGAAAAUGAAGUGAGAAGUCUAUUUUCAAGGAAAAGUCCACAAUUUCAUUAUACAAGAAGUUCUGUGAGGAAAAGAAAUGCUUAUCCUGCAAAAGCAACGCAAAGCAAUGUCAGGGGUCCACUAACAUUCAUCAAAGAGCUUAUUCUGCUUUCUGGACCCAAUAUCGAUAAUGUUUUAAAGCAAGGAAAAAAACAAGAACUGCAUGAAGUGGGGCACAUAGUAAACGCUUUUGAAUUCAACAAGUAUUGGAGUGAAGAAGAAGUAUAUGAGAACGUGAGGAAGGCGUUCUCCAUGAAACUUGAAGACGACAUAGAGUAUGUGUUUUUGUUUUGUUUGUUUUUUAUUUCCCAGCACAGGAGGUGCAGCUCACUGAGGCUGAGGAGGGGGGGAAGCAGUGACAGCUCCAGUGUUGGGCAGGAAAGGCCACCAAUCCAGCAACACACUGGCACACUCCCCCAACCCAGUCUUCUGGAGCUUCAGGGCCAAAUUGUCAUCCAUAGAAGGAUUAACACCGACUUCCAUGACCAGAUGCUCUUGGAGGUCCGUGAGCUGUCCUCCACUGUGCGACAAGGCAUGUGCGACACCUCCUCCUCUGUGGCACAAGGAAUGAAUGACAUCUCAACCAUUAUUGGUCAAGGCAUGCAGACCAUCGCUGCCCUCCUUGGCUAG